AUGAAUACUCCAACAGAAGACAUACAUUCAGAAUCGGAGAUACGUUUUGUGCGAUUAAUGAAUAGUUUGCAAGUUUGUCGCGUUUGUGGUGAUCGGGCCAUUGGCUAUAACUUUGAUGCCCUAACGUGUGAGUCGUGUCGAUCAUUCUUCCGCCGCAAUUGCAGUCGGGUUGAGUUUAAUAACAUUAAUUGGUAUCUGAUUCUGCAAUUGUACACAAAAGGCACAGACGAUUAUGUGGUGAUGAAUCUCAAAAUUAACAGAUGUAAGGAGUUAUUCAGUUCAGUGGCUGUCAUUAAAGACCCCACUGUUAGGGCCGUAGCCUAUGAAGUAAAGUGUGUUUCGGAUGCGAUUCAGUUGUUACACAAUCGGACAAAUCAAAAGUUUUUACGAAUGGACGAAGAGAACCGUUGCUAUAAUGGCUACUCACAAGAGUUCUGCACCUCACUUUAUCACCAGCUUUAUUUAAUGGGAAUUGUUUUGUUUAAUCCACAUCAAUCAAAUCUGGUUCAUAAACAAAGUGUAAUACUACAACAGCAGACAUACAUGUAUUUACUUCAACGCUAUUUAGAGAUUAAACACAAUUCAAAGUCAGAAUCGGAGACACAUUUCAGAAGUAGUAACUUUGGUAUCAUAACGUGUGAGUCGUGUAGGUCAUUUUUCCGUCGCAAUGAAAAUCGAGUUGAGAGGACAAAUUCAAUGAAUUUCGAUGAGACCAACAAAACUAAUGCAAUUAUACCGUCACUUAUUAGAGGAUUAAUAUUCAACUUCAAUGAGUUAGAGAUUAACAGAUUUAAAGAGUUAUUCAAUUCAGUGGCUGUCGUUAGGAACCCGAGUGUGAGAUCCAUAGCGUAUGAGACGGUGAAUGUUAGGGAAGCGCUCGAGUUGUUGCUCAACGGAGCGGAUGUCAUGUUUUCACGAAUGGUUAAAAUGUCGCUAAAAAUUAGUGGAUUCAAUGAUUUGUGCGAAGACGACAAGAUUGUCCUUUUAAAGGCCGCCUGUCCUCAGCUCACGAUUUUACAGAGUAUUAUAAUUUUUAAUUUCAACGGCGAGUUCUGGACUAUUCCUAUCAUAUUUGUUGACAAAAGACGAAGAGAAGGCAACUCUAAUACAAAUGAAUGCUAUAACGGGUUGGAGUGAAACAGUGGUUCAAAUUCAUAAGAAAUUUCUCUAUUGUUUGAGAGAUGAAUAC